AUGGGAAAAUCAUUGAAUCGAACUCUUGAUGGAUUUAUUUGUCAUGCAAAUGGUACACUUCAAAAUGGAUUAAUAACCACAAUUGUUUAUAAUAAAACAAAAUUAGUAAACAACAAAGAAUAUGAUAUAAUAAUUAUUGGUGCCGGGUUUGCCAGUCUUAUUGCUGCACGUGAACUUAGUCGUCGUGGUCGAAAUGUAUUAAUUAUUGAAGCAAGAGAUUGUAUAGAAAUAAAACGUUAUGGUUUUAUAUUAAUUGAAUCUGAAGGAGCAAUAACUGAUCAUAUUAGUGUAUUACUUGAUAAUGGUACUAAACUAAAAACUUUACCAAUAAAUGAUGUCGAUCGUAAAUUGUUUGAUCUUAUGAAAAAAUUUAGUAAUGUAGAUGGAACAUUAAGACGAACCAUCGUUCCUUUACCAUAUGCACCUCUAACUGUUUUUCAAGCUAUUCAAACUCUUGAUCAUGCGACAAUGAUGAUUGAAUUUCUUGAUCAUCUGUGUUUUUGGUCAUGUGAUGACUAUGAUACAAUUCGUACAUGGGAUAAAACAAGUCGAUAUAAAAUACGGGAAGGAACAAGUGCAUUAGCUCAAGCCAUACUUGAUGAUUGUCAAGAUGUGAAUUUAUUACUCUCUCCACCUGUUGUUUCUAUCCAUGGAACAGAUGAUAAAAAAGUUAUAAUUCAUACAUAA